GCACCGCCGUCCCGAAGGGUCACGGCAACUCAGCACCGCCGCCUCCUCCUCGGCGCCCACGGGCAGCGCGGGGCUGCGGGGAGGACGCCGCUCCCUCCGCCUCGGGUGCCCCGGGCGGCAUCCCGCACCCCGGAGCCUGCGCGCUGCGGGGAUCGGUGCCGGCCCCGGCGCUGGCGCCGCCCGCCGCCCGCUGCCUAUUUUAGUCACAGCGGCGGCUCGGGGGACGCGGCGGGGUCGGAGCGGCAGCGGAGCGGGGGCCGCGCGGGACGCUUCUUCCGAGGGCGCGGGGCAGAUCAGAUGAAGCUACAGAUGACACGGACAAAGUCAAAACAAUGCAUGAACUGGUGAAAAACAGCAUUGCCUUCUGAGAAUAUUAGCUUCCUAAUGGCAACAUUACUACCAAAAAAGACCUUGAGGUCAUUUGAUCAUUGAGCAGAGUUUGCAAGAAUGGAAAAGCAAAGGACCUCGCUAGCUGCAUGUCAUAAAUAACAAUUUCCAAGAUUCACCUGAGUUGAAAAGUUAUUCCAGCCAUGGGAGAAAAUGCAAGUUUUUGGGAAAGCUUGAUAUAUGCACAUCCUACAUGUACCUCCUGGAAGCAAGAGGCAGAAGGAUCUAUCUACCAUCUAGCCAGUAUUCUCUUUGUUGUGGGCUUCAUGGGAGGAAGUGGAUUCUUUGGGCUUCUCUAUGUCUUCAGCUUGCUUGGAUUGGGCUUUCUCUGCUCUUCUGUUUGGGCUUGGCUGGAUGUUUGUGCUGCUGAUAUAUUCUCCUGGAAUUUUAUACUGUUUGCUAUAUGCUUCGUCCAGUUCAUUUACGUUACCUACCAAGUUCGGAGUGUUUCCUUUGACAGAGAAUUCCAGGAACUCUACAGUGCUCUCUUCCAGCCUCUGGGAAUUUCUUUGACUGUCUACAGGAAGAUUGUCUUGUGCUGUGAUGCAGAAGUGGUUACCCUGGAGAAGGAACAUUGCUAUGCCAUGCAGGGCAAAACACCUAUUGAUAAACUGUCCUUGCUUGUAUCAGGCAGGAUCAGAGUGACAGUUGAUGGGGAGUUUCUGCAUUACAUUUUUCCUCUUCAAUUUCUGGAUUCUCCUGAAUGGGAUUCACUGAGGCCCACAGAAGAGGGAAUUUUCCAGGUAACCCUUACGGCAGAGACAGAUUGUCGGUACGUGGCCUGGAGGAGAAAGAAACUCUAUCUGCUGUUUGCUAAACACCGCUUCAUCUCCCGCCUCUUCUCAAUUUUAAUUGGGAGUGACAUUGCUGAAAAACUGUAUGCCUUGAAUGACAGAGUGCACGUGGGGAAAGGUUUUAGGUACGACAUUCGGUUACCAAACUUUUACCACGUCUCACUGCCGGAUACCCCUUCGGUGCAGCCCCCAUACCACCUACAGAGAGGGUCCCCCCGGCGCAAGCCUCCGGGUGUUACAAACUGCGGUUCGUUCAGCCCACAGCCCUAGGAAGGAAAACUGCACUGCAGCCAUUCCCAAAAGCACUGAAGGGAAAUGCAAAGCGGUGAAGCGGAAGAGCAGAAAAAUUAAGUAGAAUGAGACCCAGUCAAGCCAAAUUUGACUGAUAAGUGCCAUUUACUUUCAUCGGAGUAGCUUGAAUUCUUCCUCCCUCUAGAGCCAGCAGGUUGGCUUCUGCAUUUUGACUCUCUGCAAUAUGUUUAGUUUCUGUUGAUUCUUUUGUUGAACUUCAUCUCCUUACUUUUUGAGGAAAACAAAUCAUAACAGGCUGAAAUUUUAUUGUAAUUGUGAUGGUCUCUGUAUUGUGUUUUUUUUAAAAAAAAACAACAAACCCACAGUAUUUGUAAUUAUAUUUUCUCAAAAUUAUUUGCUAUAAUGUAUAGUCAGUAUAGUCAAUAAAAACAAGUAAAUUGACUUCAAAAUAUAGCAGCUGGCUUGUAACAUUCAUAUUUAUGCCAUGUGAACAUUGCCUCAAUUAACAUGAAGAGUAAUGCAGAAAAAAAGACUGAGACUGAUUUUACUGGUUUUAUUUUUUAAAGAAAUGGAAGAUUUUGAAAUGCACGGCAAGAUUCUUAAAAACACAAACAAAAGGAAACAACACAUUCUGUCCCAUGAGCAAUUGGUUUCUCUCUGGCUGCCCUGAAGAGGUAAUCUGUGAAACCAAACAUGAAUGUAAUUGCUGGCAUUAGAAAAGUAAACCAGUUUUAACUGCUGCAAAUAUAGCUUAGGGAAAUGAUCGUGUAGUGUUUCUGAUAGUCUUAUAGGACCUAGGCUUCCACAGUGUCCGUGCCAUCCAUGCCAUGUACAAUAAAUACUGUUAUUCAAUCAACUGCCAAACUAUUGGAGUUUGUUUUACGAUAUCCUUUUUAGCCAAGUUUGUCAGGAAGAAGUUAUUUAAGAAACAGCUGCAGCAAUAAAUACAAUUUUUAAGCAAAAUGUUCUUGUUUAGCUUCUAGAGUUGCUUCUUUGUGCCUAUGUAAUUCUUGAUUGAAAAAGUAUUCCCAUGCUAAUUCUGUGGUGUUUUAAUAACAUAAGGGAGCACCAGCUCACACUUCAGUAGGAGAAAGUUGGUUUCAGCCUUUGAAGUCACCGCCUUUGGGGAGAAGUAUAUGACUGUCUUUUCUAGCUCACCUUACUGCUGCUAUGCCUGGUGCCUGCCAGUAGUCAAAAAAUGGGAAACAUUACUAUUUUAUGAGACUGUACUGCUGCUUGAUAGAUCUGGAGGUAGAUCACAUUUUUAAUAUUUUAAAAUUGCUGGACUGUUUUGGUAGGACAACCAUUGUGUUUGUAUGUGCACGUAUACAUACCAGUUUAGAUCUUAGGAGUUGUUGCUGGAGGAUACAGUGUCAUGCUUGAAAGACGAUGAUGCAUUAUGUAUAAGAAAGCUGUUAGAAGUGAUAUGAAAGUGCCUGUUUGUAGGACCUUCAGUGUAGAGCAAAUAAUGUAUGAGUUUUGCUUUUAGUUUUAUGUGCCUCUCUCAAAGAAGAAAAUCUGCCAAAUAUAAAUACCAUAGCAUGCAGUGUGAUAAUCCUCAAAUUCUUCCACACAAUGUAUUCUGUAUGUACUACGUAAUGUGUGAAGUCCCUGAGCCACAAAGCCACUUUGUCUUGGUCAAAAGAGAAUCAAAGAAAUGCAAACAGAGGGUUCAUUGAUAGCUAUUAAAGACUGGCACAGAAAACAAGGCAGAAGGUGCCAGAGGCUGGCAGUGUGUAGGAAGGUCAUACAGCUGUAUGUGCUCCCUUCCUGUACUUUUCACAGUUAAGGGACAGGACAGCAGGCUACCUGACCCCUUGGUAUGACUCAGCAUAGAUAUUUUCACAGAACUUCAGCACUGUGAUUAGUAUCGUGUCUUAUUUGCUGGUGGCACCCAGUGCCAGAGGUGAGUAGGAAGUGCAUCUUGUUAUCACUUAGGUUUUGCUUUGCAAUCCCUGCUACGCUUCACCUGGAUGAGCUGCUCCUGAUGAACGUGCCAUGUGCUGAAAAUGUUAUGCUGUUUUUUAACAGGUGAGUUAAAAAUAACUCCCUGUCUCUCAUUCUGAUAACAUGAAUUUAUAAAUCUCUUGUGUUAUAAUGUGUUGGACCAAUAUGAAGUUUAUACUUAAUUUUUUGUGUUGUCUACAAAUAAAAUGAUUAUAGUGUAGAGACAUAAAAGAUAUGUUAUUCUAGAAUUAAAUGAACUAUAAAUCAUAGAUUAAUGCUAUCCUCAUUUUUCUUGAUUAUAUGAGCUUGCCCCAUAUGUUCAAGAAAACUUGCCUUAACCUAAAAUAGAGUCAGCAUUUAAUAAAGUAGUAUGAUCAUCUUGACCUUCAAAAAUAAGACUAAAGAGUCUUGCCCACACCUUCUGUAUCAAGUUUAUAUAUGCUAUUUAAACUACAGCAUACUGCUUGGAAAGGUAACUGCUCUGGAGUGAUGGGUACUUCAUUACAUGAUUUGGGAAUUUUUCCUUCUUUGUAAACAGGUGCAUGCCUUGGUUUCAGCAUGGUUUCCAGACACAGUCCUCGGUGGUGCUUUUCUUACCAUCAGAAAUCUCUAUGAGGACAUGGCUGAGUCAAUAUCUGAACAUACUUCUAGAUAAUCGUGGAAUCAUAGAAUAGUUUGGGUUGGAAGGGACCUUAAAAAUUAUCUAGUUCCAACAUCCCUGCCAUGGGCAGGGACACGUCCCACUAGAUCAGGUGGCCCUUGUUUAGCUUUUGUUACUGUGCUUUUUUGAGCUUUGAGUCACUUUUUAAAAAUUGUUUCUGGUUUUCCAGCAUCUGGUUGAGUCAUGACUAGCAGAACAUUUCAGCUGUAGAAUUCGGGGCGUAUGUAUCUACAGUAACAUAAGUAUUUAUGCAAGGACUGGAGGUGAGACAGCAAGCCCUCUCGGUGAAGUAAUACAAUCUUUAGUGAUAUCAUAUACGCCCAUAUACAGAGUUGGUGUUGUUCAGCUUAUAGAAGAGAAGGUUCCAGAGAGACCUUAUUGUGGCUUUCUAGUACUUAAAGGGGCCAGCGGCGGGCUGACUGUGCUUCUUUAGCAGAUCAAAAUAAACGCCUUAAAUACGCAUGGGACUGGCCCUGCAAUUCCUUCAUUAGGUAGUACUUGAUUAACUACUAGUUGCAUAAGUAAGGUAACAGAUUCUAAGCAAUUUUUGAACUCCAUCAUGCAACUUUACUCAAAACUACAGAAUUACCAGAAAGAAGGUAGCCCGGUGUACUAUAGUGACUAAUAAUGCUACACAAGGCUAGUUGUGAGUGCUUAGUGGAAGAUUGUUCUAUGAUAAUAUGAAAUAGAGGCUGGACUUGAUGACUGAGGAGGUUCAUGCCAGUCCUAAACUUUCAGGAGUUAAUUACCCUGCAACAAACCAGUGAAUGUGACAGGGAUCAGAGGAAACUCAGUAAUGGAAAGAAUGAUGGCAAACUAUACAUACAGAUAUCCGAACUCUGCUAGGAUAAAGCUGGGAAAGCUGAAUACAUUCUUGGAUGAAAUUGUAUAGUUUUGCCACACCACAAAAAUAGGCAUAUGCUUGCAGUAAUUAAAUAAUAUGUUGAUGCUACAUUUCCAGAAAAAAAAGUGCUCUACAUUUUUUGAUUACUUUGAAUGAUAAAUAUGAUGGAUUUGGGCUCAAAAUACAUGAAAAAUUAAAAUACAUUGUUGUAUUGCUCAUAUAAACAGGUCUUUCAAACUAGGUAUUAAAAAUGAAACAGAUCCAUAGGUAUUUAGAUAGAAGAAAACCAUUUAAACAGAAAGGAAAAAGAUUAAUAUCUAUCUGCUGAAUUCAGAGUAACAGAUUUAAGUAUUUUUCUUUCUAUUCCUGUAAUAGUUGAAUGCAUUUUCUGCCCCAAAGUAUUACUGUAUAACAUAUCUUUUUUACAGCACAACAAAAUAAAUAUCUUCAUUAAGCUGAUUUGUUAAUCCUUCUUGAAAAUACUUACUUUGAUUACAUUAAUAUGCAUAAAAAUAUAAUAAGUUCAGGGCUCCCAAGGGAAAGCACUUUUUUUUUUUCUAUUUCAUAUUGACUUUACUUUCUUUUUGUGUCUGCAGUUUCUGCUUACUGUAAUUCUACUGUGUGAACCAAGAGUUAAUUUAACUUAGCAUGUAAAUCAAGCUACCCCAUCCCAAUUAAUCGAACGAUGUAGGUGGAGCUUCAUCAGUGGGAGGGUAUAGGAGAAAGGCAGCACAAGCACAUUGUGUGCAAGCCCUAGGAUUUGGGGUCACGUCCCAAACCAUGUCAUGCAAGGCCCUUUUAGAGUGUAGCUUCGCAGGUGGUUCUGCCAGCAGAGGGUUUGGACCAAAAUCAUCACUCUGCAAGCAGCAAAUGUUGUUAAACAUUGUCACUGACUGGGAAAAAGAUGGGAUGUUUCUAAAAGCUUGUGGGAGCAGAAAGAUUUUAUAGUAGUUAUUGUUCUGCCUGUAUUCCCAGGGAAUUUUAUUCAGUUCCACCACAGCUCCUAGUUUAAGGGAUCUAGUGUAUUGUGGGGACAGAAUUUUUUCCCUUCCUCAAUGGGAUUUUGAAGGUAAACAGUGAUAAAAGACACACGAUUAAGAACUUGGACACUAAAGUCAUAUAAACAAGCAGCUGCACUGAAAUAACAGUGGUAAAUAACUGUUUUAGCCAUGAAUCCCAUAGUUUUGUUAUCCACUAGUAAUUCUCCACCCAAAGUUGUCUAAAGUCUGGGGGGCCAGACUUUAUAUAAUAAUUUUCUGGAAGUAAGGUACUGAAGCCAAAAAUUUCAUUUCAUGUAUCAAUGUUCUAACUAAGUCACUUUAUAGAAAUGGGGAGCAUCAUCACCUUCCGUAACAACUGUACAUCAUAGGAGAGCAUCUCAGUUCUGUGAAAGGAGGUGAGUGGCUCCCUGUCCCCAUUCAGGGAUUCUGACUGGAUGAUCUUAAGCAGCCGGCAUCCUCCUGGAGUCCGGGGUCAAUGGGAGUGAGGCACACAUCUGUGCUUAGUGUUUCUCAUAUGUGUGUUUUAGGGACUCCUAAGGAGUGUAUAGGACAAUCUGAAUACCCAGUGUUUGGUUUGGACUUCCAGGGGCCAACUGUAAGGUGAGGUACAGGCAGGAAAGCUAUGGGAUGGAUUUAAAAUAUGUUAGAUAUGAUCCUGUGUCUUCCCAUAUGCGUAUUCUUACACUGCGGUAAAUACAACAUAACUUACCCCCUAACAAAGGCAAGCCGGUCACAUCUGCUAGGAUACACAAGGAUGACUAUCACCAGUUACCAUAAAAUAGCUGGAAAUCCUUAGGGCUCUUUGUUCAUUUACCUUGCUUAUCUUAAAAGCCUUAAACAUUUUACUGAAUCCAGUUGAAACAGGUAUUCUAUUGUACUAAGAGAUUUAGCUUAGAUAAAUUUUUUUUAAUACUUAUUAUGAAUAUGAAGCAAAACUGUAGUGUUUUCAUUUAUAGAAAGGUUGGGACCUAUCAGAUGAUAUUUUUAAGUGGAUAUCCCUACUGAGGUGAAUGGGAGCACUUCUUAAAAACCAAUCAUACAAUCAUACAGCACCGCACUCUGGUUUUUACUGGAUCUCCAUUUUCUUGUUCGGUUAUGGCUUUUCAAAAAGCCUAGUGUCUCUUCCAGUAUAUAUGUUCAUAUUUUAAAGAACUAAGAACUAAUUAUUAGUAAGGAAAAAGUACAAUAAAGACUGAUAUUCUGAAAUCAGAUAUGGAGCAUAAAACUUUUUUUAUACUCUUUUUUUUUUACAAAUUAUUUUUACUUUUCUCUCUACCAUAGACCUUUGUCAUUUUAGUUCUGAAACUGCUUUAUACAGUGGUAUAUGUACUUAAGCUAAUACUAUGUGCACAAGCAAUAAUCCUACAUAUCUAAUAUCUGUAUGCUUCUUGCAGCCUGUAUCUCUGUUUUUAACCUCAUAUGAUAGGAGUGUCUUUGUUGCUUUUUUUCUUUACCAAACAAAG